UCAAAAAAUUUUUUUUGGCUGCGUUCACUGUGUUUGUUUUUCGUUAAGCGUGACCUUUUAUUUACCAAAAAUCUGUGAAUAAGAAAGUAGAAAAAGUUUCCAAAUUCAUUGGCAAAUCUGAUUUCAAACGCUAUAUUUUAAGCAUUUUAAAGGUUCCAAAUGUCUUCACAAUCAAUUCAUUAUGAUGCCGCCCUCGGUGGCCCGAUAAAACUACCGGAUGAAAUCGAUUCAAUUCACUUCAACGAGGAUCGCGUUACUGAAUUAAAAUGCUUUCUACGGGCUAUUACAAAUACCGAAAAUCAAACAAAACUGGUGCACCAGUCGUUGCCGCUUCAUAUGCGCCGGCGGGCGAUGAGCUACAAUCCCAAAAGACUGCCAAGAAAGUUCCGCUCGGCACACGUCGCGCAGUAUUCUAAAAGUGGGCUGCCGGAAAAGAAAAAGAGACCAUCGAGGAAAUAUAGGAGAAAAGCUAGAAAUUUGCUGCAAGAGUACAAUAGACGAAAACGAACAUACAUGUGGAUGGAAACGCACAUUUGGCAUGCCAAACGUUUUCACAUGAUUCCAAAGUGGGGCUACAAAAUCCCAUACACUCCUACGAACAAGGGACACCGGGCUUGCUAUCGAGCAACGGCUAAACACUGCCUCAUUCAAGAUAUUUCAUACUACGGAUGUAUUGAGAUUCAAGGACCGGAAGACGUGAUGAAGAAUCAUUUGCGGCGGAUAUGCAGUGAGAAAAUUGGAUUGACAAUUGCUGCCAAAGCUUUUCUAAAUGGCCAAAGAUCAGGAAACGUUUUUGUGUAUAAGAAAGACCAAUAUCCUAAUCAAUGUUUAGGUGAAAUCAAAUUCGUUUGGAAAAGCGAAUCAUCAAAGAAUGAAAAGCGAAUUCUGUGGAUGUUUGUUCAUCCUGCCUUUUAUAAGGAGUUGAUGGAGGAACUUGUGGUUUUGUUCGAACUAAGAAACGCUUACAGAGAUGACUAUUUGAAUUCAGAUGAGCCGCUGAAUGUCUCGAAAAUUAUUAAAAAUGUGGGAACAGUUCGUAUUCCGAAAUACGAGAAUCCAUUGCUGUCGAUUGAAAUCAAAGCACUGAAAGAUACGUUAAAUUACUUUCGGCUAACCGGUCCAUUAUCUCAUGCGGUUUUGACUAAGUCGCUAAAACCUUACCAACAAGAUAUCAGCAAAAAUGUUGAUCAUUGGUUUUCGGAUUGGAUACAAACGACCGGCAGUGAAAAAUCCCAUAUCCAACAAUUUGCAUUUUGGGAACAGUCGAAAAACCUUACAACUCCUGCAGUGCUUAGUCCAGGUCUAGUGGUCAGCUCAGUUAUAGAAGAUCCCAGGCUGAAUCGAAAAAAGAAGCGAACCAAAGCACUCCCAGAUGCCAUCAUAACGAAUCGAGAUUUGCCAGAAACAGGUUUGCAACUGUCGUGCUCUCCGAUAUGGAACGAAUCGAUUCGAGACAUUAUCACCACCAAAAUGCUAUCAACCCACCAGUUGAACGUCCUGAGAGGCAAACAGAGCUUAGUUCCCGGUGAGCCAUGCGCCUUUGAGAACGACAUUCAGCCCGUCCCAAUAUUGCUGAUACAAAAUCCCGGUUCCCAGGAUGCCGAUUACAAACAGCUGGGAUAUGGUGCCGGAUGGGACUUAAUUGCCCCCUCGGGAUACGGGCUUCCUAUAUGGCAAACGUUGAUCAUGUGGGGAGCGAAACCCGCCGGACUGAAAGAAACUGACAUGCAGGCCCUCGAAUCUGGAAUCGACACACAUAGAGUGCCGGACACCGUUCUAGGUCGAGCUGAGAGCGACGUGGAGUACGAAGAAAAGUGGUAUAAAUAUUAUGCUAGACCUAACAAUCGACGUAUUAACUACAAAAAGCUGGCCAUCGCCUCCCCAUUUCGAUGUCCCUGGCUACAGCUAGUUUCGGAGUGGACUGGAAAGAAGGAAACCGAUUUCUAUGUUCUAAGGGACCAGGAGUCCCUUAGCAAAGCUCACCACGCUCUGAACCGUAAAUUCAAUUUGAAAUCGGCCCUGCUGCCCCCUUCUUCGCUGAUUCCAUUGUAUCUGACCAUGAAAACUAGGGGCAACCCGGGGGACAAUGCCUUAAUCUGUUUACCACUUCGUUCGGACUUUCGUCAAAACAAGCAAAACAGGCUGGGCAGCGAUUUGCGUCCUGUGUACACAGAACCACUCCGCAAAGAUCCGCAGCAAAAAGAGCGACUCCUGCUCCGCAGUCAGCAUUUGCGGCUGUUGAAGCGUCUGCGUAAUAGGAGGAUCCGCCAGAAAAAGGCACUUCAGCUCAAAAAUCCGGGUACUUUAAUUCGAAUAGCGAAACCUCAGAAUGACAAACUCAUCAAAGAGCAUUUGACAAAAGUACGCGAAUUAUGGCUCCCGGCAAAUCCAGAAAGCAUCCGUAAUCAGUGUAGCAGAGAAUGCUUUGGGUAUGUUACGCAAUGUAACUUUGGAUUGUCUGAGGCAAAAGUUACGGCCUUGGGUUAUGUUACGGCCAAGGGCUUAGAAAAAUUGUACAAAACGUGUACCAAAGGAACAUUCAAAGUGCUUGUUCGGGGUACCAAAUCGCGGUGCUAUCGUUUUGCCACUAUUAAAAUACGAACAGACUGAUGUUCCUUACAGAAGACAGAAUGUUGCUGAAAACAUGUUAAACAAUAUAUGAAUUUAAUAAAUUUGUGUCAAGUAA